UUGCAUCUCAAGUUUGCCACUAUAAAGACAUGAAUUUUGAUCUGGUUUAGUAUGUUUACUCUUUAUUUUUUUUCGAAGUCAUUACUUUUGUCUUAAAAAAGCGGAUCCACAAAUCUUGGAUACAAUUUCCUCUUUCUCUAUUCAAGCUCCAACCCCACAAUAAAUAAAUCAGUUCAAUAGUCCACAGCUUCUGAUUAUAAUCUGGAUUAAAGGGUAUCUGAAUAUCUGAUCUUCUGGUCAGAACUCAGAACUUGAGCCUCAGCAUGGCAUUUUCGAGGAUUGCUAGGAAUGGCUUAAGAAGAACAGGAGGAACAUCAUGUGAGGGGAUGUCCAAUCAUAAGUGGUCUUCUUCACCUUUCCUUAAAAAUGUUAAGGCAGGCAGUAAUCUGUCAUACAUUUCCAGCAUCAGGAACGUAAACCAGCCCAGUUUUUGGAGCAGAGGAAUUGGGGGGACCCCACAUUACCAAUUUGCUAAUGCAGAAAGAAUUCUAGAUGAGUCUGAAAGUGAGUACGAGGAACCAAGGUAUCCAGGUCUAGAAGCAACUAAACCUGGUGAAAAGCCAAGAGUUGUUGUCCUAGGUACUGGCUGGGCAGCGUGUCGGUUCAUGAAAGGACUUGACACCAAAAUCUAUGAUAUUGUUUGCAUAUCACCAAGGAAUCACAUGGUCUUCACUCCUUUGCUUGCUUCCACUUGUGUCGGAACUCUUGAGUUUCGGUCUGUAGCUGAGCCUGUUAGCCGGAUACAACCUGCAUUGGGAACAAACUCAAACUCAUAUUUUUAUCUAGCUUCCUGCACUGGCAUUGACACAGGCAAACAUGAAGUGUACUGUGAGACAGUAAGCAAUGAUGGAUUACCUCGGGAACCUCACAUGUUUAAAGUUGCAUAUGAUAAGCUUGUUAUUGCUGCUGGAGCUGAGCCUGUGACUUUUGGUAUCAAGGGAGUGAAUGAACAUGCUUUUUUUCUUAGAGAAGUGAAUCAUGCUCAAGAAAUAAGGAAGAAGCUCCUUUUGAACCUCAUGCUGUCUGAAAAUCCUGGCAUAUCUGAAGAAGAGAAGAAUCGCCUCUUACAUUGCGUUGUUAUUGGAGGUGGUCCGACAGGAGUGGAAUUCAGCGGUGAAUUGAGUGAUUUUAUCAUGAGAGAUGUUCAGGAGCAGUAUUCUCAUGUCAAGGAUCGUGUUAAGGUCACCCUUAUAGAGGCAAAUGAAAUUCUAUCAUCGUUUGAUGUUAGAUUACGACAAUAUGCAACAAAUCAUUUGACUAAGCAUGGUGUCCGUCUCACACGAGGCAUAGUGAAAGAGGUUCAUCCCAAAAAAUUAGUUCUCAGUGAUGGUUCGGAGAUUCCAUAUGGCCUCUUGGUAUGGUCUACUGGUGUUGGCCCAUCUCAGUUUGUGAAGUCACUGAAUCUUCCCAAGUCCCCUGGUGGAAGGAUUGGUGUUGAUCAAUGGUUGCGGGUCCCUGCUGUGGAAGAUGUGUUUGCACUCGGAGACUGUGCUGGUUUUGUUGAGCAGACGGGGAGGCCAGUGCUUCCGGCUUUAGCUCAGGUUGCAGAGAGGCAAGGCAAAUAUUUAGUUGAAUUGUUCAACAACAUUGGAAAGCAAAAUGGAGGCAAAGCUUUCAGCGCAAAAGACGUCUCUCUUGGCGAUCCUUUCGUCUACAGGCAUCUGGGUAGCAUGGCAUCAGUAGGGCGUUACAAGGCACUGGUUGAUCUCCGCCAGUCUAAGGAUACAAAAGGCUUAUCACUUGCUGGAUUCAUCAGUUGGCUAAUCUGGCGCUCCGCUUAUCUUACACGAGUUGUCAGUUGGAGGAACAGAUUUUACGUAGCAGCGAACUGGGCAACCACCCUGGUUUUUGGCAGAGACAACUCCAGGAUUGGCUAGGUUAGGCCAGACCGACAUUCAUCAGUACCACUGUUCAUUCUUUUCGUCGGUUUGAGCUGGAUCCUAGGCUCUAUACUCCUUCAAUCUUGACCUCCGAAUCAUAAGAUUUUCGGAGCCAGGAUGCAUUGUAAUAAAAGUUGAUAAUAUUAUGGUUAGAACAUGCAGCUGCCAUGGAUUUAGGGUGUUCUUCAGUUCUCUAAUGGACCAAUUUUCAGACAAAACAGGGGUUUCCAGUUCCAAACAUACAGGACUUCAUGGAGCUGCCAAUCUGUUCUCUUCCUUUUAAACUUUAAUUUCAGGGUUGCCACAAUAGAGAAACUUUCAAAAGAAUCAAAGUUAAGAGAACCAAAAAGCAAGAUUUGAAAAGAAAACAAUCCAUUCAUGGGCAAAGACAAAAGCUUUCUUUUGUACAACAAGCUGCCUCUACCUCAGAACAAAACAUCUCUCUUACAAAACCCAUAAAAAAAUAUGGUCUUUGUACAGACAACUGAACUAAUAAAUACUAAGAAAGGUGAGUAUGUCCUGCUCGGCGACUGCUGACGGAGAAGAUAGACGCAACAGAGUGAGCCAAACCCACUACUAUGGCCACCUUCACCUGCCCUCUCUUUGGGAUCGGACGGCCGUAAAACCUUCUUGAAUCCUUCCUGUUGUUGAUCACCGUUCUUGUACCUGCCAUCUCUCUAUUCUCUCUCCCUCUC